AGCCGCUGGCCAGGCCCCAGAGUGCACUGCGGAUACGUGCGCGCGCGGCUCCAUUGACGAGCGACCGCGGGAAAGUUCUAAAAAAGUCAAAACAAAACAAAAAACCAGUACGAGGCAAAGUCAAAUUUUAAAGCCACAGAACCGGGCGGUGGCAGCCUUUUCGCCACUGCCCAAACUGCUGAAGCAGCUCUGGCGCGGACCAGCUGGGCAUUUGUCAUUUCUUGAGAAGCUGGGAGAGACCAAGAACCUAGAAGAGGGCCUGUACUACUAAAAGUGAGAGAAGUUAGCAGAACUUUUGGCAGUUUCACAGGAUUGGAGAGACAUACAUUGGAGUUCCAAAGAUUUGAUGUGUGUUCACUGUUUCCUUCAGUGUGUGACAAACCACUGUGAAGGUACAUCACCUUUUCCCUUUUUCUGAGAUGGCUCAAGAUUCAGUAGGCCUUCCUUCUGAUUUUCAGUUUUGGAUGCAUAAGCUUUCUGUAUGGGACCAGGCAUCCACUUUGGAAACCCAACAAGACACCUGUCUUCACCUGCCUCAGUUCCAGGAGUUCCUGAGGCAGUUGUAUGAAGCCUUGAAAGAGAUGGAUUCAAGUGCAAUUAUUGAAAGAUUCCCCACAGUUGGUCAACUGUUGGCAAAAACUUGCUGGAAUCCUUUUAUCUUAGCAUAUGAUGAAAGCCAAAAAAUUCUAAUAUGGUGCUUGUGUUGUCUGAUUAAGAAAGAUCCACAGAAUUCUGGAGAAUCAAAGCUUAACUCCUGGACACGGGGGUUGUUAUCUCAUAUACUUUCCACAUUCAGAUUUAAUAUAAAAGAAGUUGAUCUUUUUACUCAAGUUCUUGGGUAUGCACCCACAGAUUACUAUCCUGGUUUACUUAAAAAUAUGGUUUUAUCAUUAGUGUCUGAACUCAGAGAGAAUCAUCUUAAUGGAUUUAACACUCAAAGGCGAAUGGCUCCUGAACGAGUAAGGUCCCUGUCACGAGUUUGUGUCCCACUUGUUACUCUGCCAGAUUUUGAACCAUUGGUAGAGGCUCUGCUCACCUACCAUGGACAUGAACCUCAGGAAGUGCUCUGGCCUGAGUUCUGUGAUGCUGUGAAUGAGGCUUUUUUGCUGAAGAAGAUUUCUCUCCCCGCGUCAGCUAUACUCUGCCUCUGGCUUCGGCACCUUCCCAGCCUUGAAAAUACAAUGCUGCAUCUUUUUGAAAAGCUUAUCUCCAGUGAGAGAAAUUUUCUGAGGAGGAUCGAAUGCUUUAUGAAAGACUCAUUGCUGCCUGCAGCUGCCUGCCACCCUGCCAUAUUCAGAGUUGUUGAUGAAAUGUUCAGGUACGCACUUCUGGAAACUGAUGGAGCCCUAGAAGUACUAGCCACUAUCCAAGUGUUUACACGAUGCUUUGUAGAAGCUCUGGAAAAAGAAAACAAGCAGCUGAAGUUUGCAUUCAAGACCUACUUUCCUUAUGCUUCUCCGUCUCUUGUCAUGGUGCUACUCCAACACCCGAAAGAUAUCCCACGGGGACUUUGGCACCAGGCACUGAAACAUAUCUCUGAAAUGCUCAAAGAAGUAGUUGAAGACCAAACUCAUGGGUCCUACGGAGGCCCCUUUGAGAGCUGGUUUUUGUUUGUUCACUUUGGAGGAUGGGCUGAUAUGGCGGCUGAGCAGUUACUGACGUCGGAAGCUGAGGCUGAAGCUCCAGAGGCCCUGCUGUGGCUCCUGGCUUUCAGCUGCGGUCCAGGAGCUGGGCAUCAGCAGAGAGCACAGACCAUGGUGGAGGUGAAGGCCGUGCUCCGCUGCCUCACGAAGCUGCUCAGGAGUCCAGCCCUCUCGGCCAGGGAUCUGCAGGCAGCAGCUGGCGAGGGCGGGCAGGGAGCUCCCAGACCGCCUGCCUGUCAGCAGCUGAUCAGGCGCCUCGUCCUGAGCUUCCUGCUCUGGGCUCCCGGAGGCCACGCGAUUGCCCGGGAAGUCAUCACGCUCAUGGCUCAGACUGAUGCAAUAAUGCACGAGAUUAUUGGCUUUCUGGACCAGACCUUGUACAGGUGGGACCAUCUUUGUGUGGAAGCCCCUAGGUCGAGAAAACUGGCCAGAGAGCUCCUUGCAGAGCUGCGUGGGCAAGCCUAGCCCAGGUUUAUUCUUUUGCUCUUUUGUGUAUGACCUGUUUGUCGAGUGAGUCCAGACUUUUCUCACUUGGAUUUCUGCAUCAGUCAUCUCUGAAUCUCCCUCAUUCUUGGCUCCUGUUUGAGGUAUAAGUAGAGUUUUGAUGUAUUAGAGGUUGAGCUUUUAGGGCAGUUACUUGUUUUGGUAUACGGAUCCACCUGAAGAUCUGGAAAAUUCCAAGAACUUCUGACCUGAGCCUUUCUUUAGAGAAAUGUUACAGUGUGAAAGGUAUAUUGUUAACAUACUUUCACAAUCACAAGUGCCAUCACAUGCUUCCCUUGUUGAGGACGCGCCUCUCCUAUGGUGGCUUUUGCCAGGGAAGCUGUGACCAACCUCUGUGGACAUGAAGAAAAGGGCUUAGUUUGGUGGCAGUGAGUAACCCCUAAACCGAGCGGCCACUGGGAACCAGACCUCCCUGUGGGGAGCGUGCUUCCACGUGGACAUCCAUUCACACUGUAUUUCACAGCAAACAAUAAAAACAAGACGGGGGGCUUCCCUGGUGGCGCAGUGGUUGAGAGUCCGCCUGCCGAUGCAGGGGACGCGGGUUCGUGCCCCGGUGCGGGAGGA